AUGAUACAGCCGACCGGCUAUACUUGGUUCAUUGAUCACUACAACAGCCUUAUUGAUGAAUUAGUCGAGAAUGGGAUCACACCCUAUGUGACCUUAUUGCACUUUGAUCUACCACAAGGUUUGGAAGACAAGUACUUAGGCCCUUUGAACCGUUCUUUUGUGGAUGAUUUCAAGGCUUACACUGAAAUCUGUUUUACAACAUUCGGAGAUAGGGUCAAAAAUUGGAUCACAAUCAACGAGCAGUUGAUCAUUGCCAAAUUUGGAUAUGACUAUGGAAUUGCUGCGCCAGGAAGGUGUUCUAUUUCAGCAGGGUUUCCAUGCAGCGCUGGCAAUUCAGCCACUGAACCUUACAUUGUGAGCCAUAACCUUCUCCUAGCCCAUGCCACUGUUGUUGAGCUUCAUAGAGAGAAGUUUCAAGAGAAACAAGGUGGAGAAAGUGGAAUUAGUCUUGUAGGACAGUUUGUUGAGCCUUACUCAGAAUCUUCAAAAGACAGAGCUUCUGCUACCGCAGCGAUCCUUUAG